AUGUUUUCGACGCUGGAGAAGCUGGAGCAUACCCAGCGUAAACGUCUCCUGGCAGAUCGGUACGCCAUGACGAAUAUCAUGCGUGAGAAACUGAUGGGUGCUAUUCGGGAACGAGCGAGGGCGUUUCUGGCGAAAUGUGCUGCGGCGACGUAUAGUGUUGAUAUUUAUGUGCUGCUCCAUUGCUACGCCCUGGACUGCGUUACGCAUUUCCUGUUCAGUCCCAGGGGACUCAAAACUCUGGAUUCCUCCCGAGACUUCGAGAUCAUGGAGGAACUCACCUAUCAUCAAAGCCUGCAGAAAAAUCUCCUUCACUACUACCUCCCAUCUCUAGCUCCGUAUUUCCCCUCGUUCCUCCAUCCCCGCCGCUCCCCAAAGGCAAACAAAUACGUCCUCGAAAUGGCCUCCCAACAAAACCCAAACGCGUACACCCUCAUCGAGAAACUCACCAGAACCGACUCUCCGCUCCACCCCUCCCAGGCCGCAGCAGAAUGCAAGGACCACAUGGCCGCAGGCAUAGAUACAACAGGCGACGGCCUCUGCUUCCUAAUGUGGCAGCUCUCUCAGCCGGAGAACGAACCCUUCCAAACCCGGCUCAGAAAUGAACUGAGAUCAGCACCCGCGAACGUGCCUAUCGACAGCUUACCGUAUCUAGACGCCGUGAUUAAAGAAGCCCUCCGCCUGACGCCGCCGAUUCCCAUGUCCCUACCGCGCUAUGUUCCUGUGGGCGGGAGGGAGAUAGAUGGGUUCUUCAUCCCUGAGGGGACGAUAGUUAGUUCUCAGCCGUAUACGGUGCACAGGUUCGAUGAAGAAAUAUUCCCCGAUCCGGAGAGAUUCAAUCCAGAGCGCUGGAUGGAGGAGAAGGGGGCUAAUGAGCGGAAUCGAUUGUUUUUUGCUUUUGCCAUUGGGGGGAGGGGGUGUACAGGGAGGAAUCUGGCAAUUGUCGAAAUGAAGAUCCUUCUGCAAGAGGUAUAUGCCAAGUUCCGCACGAGCGUGGCUCCGGAUAUGCAUGGGAGCAUGGAGAUUGACGAUCAGAUCAUCUCAUCGCGGCCGAGGGAUCAGACGUGCAAGCUUGUAUUUGCAGCUGUUGAUUCUGCUUGA